CCAUUUUAUUCAGUGGGCAACAUGCCUCCAGGUACGGUAGUCGUCGUGAUUUUAGCGCGUUGUUUCGUCAGUUGUGGAGAGUCCGUAUAAUGGCGGUACUCCGCUUCCUGGUUGUUCUGCAGCCAUCACGAUUCUCGAAAAGAUCUGCUAAUGGUAAGAGGUAUACAGAAGCCGAGUCGGUCAGUCCAAUUUCCUGCGAGCUAUGCAGACAAAGAAAAUGCAAGUGCGACCGUAAUAUUCCAUUUUGCUCUCAGUGUUCAGCGGACCCGUCAAAAUGCAAUUACCCAGAGAGCGGGAAGAGGGGCCUACCAUUAGGCUACAUCAAUCAACUAGAAAUGCGACUCGCAGACACAGAGCUCGCUUUAUAUGAAGCGCUUACAACUUUACGCGCAAUGAAUGGUUCAACCCUCAUUCGCGCUUCACAGAAGGCAGACAUAUCACCGAAACAGAAGGCUGCACGAAUGGAAGAAUGGACGCAAUUCCCUUUUCGUGAACCAUCUGAUUUGGAGCGCUGGUUGGACGCGAAGAGGGAUGAAUUCAACAUAAUGAACAACAACAUUAGCGAUGCGCAGCGGACAAUGCCUCUUGAUGCAAUUCAGUCCGCAGAUAGCGCAACACAGCGUCGGAAUUCUCAGCCAUGCAAUACGUCUGGAAUGUUGAUCAGAACGAAUUCACCGGAUAGCUAUCGAUUGGAUUGUCAGGUAACGGCGUCGAGCAUGCAAGCCAAUCCUCGGACGAGCACAAACAAAGAUGCGUCGCUUUCAACUCCUGGGAGGACCUUCUGGGGCGAGACGUCGAUACAUGGUCUCCCGGAACAGAAUCUGUUGUCGGGCGAUGCGGCGAUGCUUGGGGAGGGGAUUCAAACGGGCAAGGCAGGAUGGUUAUCGAAAACGCACCCAACCAUAUACUUCUAGCAUCAAGGCAACUCACGCUACAUUGGAUCGUUCACU